GCCAGGCCUAAAACAAGAUGGAGUCAGUCCGGAGAGGUAGAUCGUCAAACAUCCUUGAAAAACCGCUCAGUAAAGGGCGGAAUGAGGUAUUCAGUGGUUGAUCUUUAAUCGGCUGACUACUUUUUUGUGCUCUUAGAACGAUCCAUAUGUUUUUUGUAGAUAAAUGUCAGCACUUUUGGCUUGCUGUUUUCGGAGAUGGUUCAGUAUUGCCAAAACAGAGUUCACACUGUACCGGAACUUCAAACCAAGUGAGUGAAAACAGAACCUUAGGAGCGAAAAUAUCAUACUUUAUUUUAUUAAUCUCAUGCGAUGGCAUUCCUGUUUAGCUAAUUGGGAGACUGUGAUUUUUAAUAUGUCAUCUACUGGUUUUACGACUGUCUCGUACAGGAUGAAAAUGUUGUGGAAGUAAUUCAAUUGAUUGACUGAUAUGUGACAAAUAGACUGAUGCUCGAUCGCUCUGACGGAAGGCUAACGUUCGUAACGUCAGUCUUUAAACUCUUUACGGUGACCAAUUUACGUUUUAAACUCAGUUGAUAACUCUAAAUUAACCUGACGCAGCACCACAUUUUCUGCAGAAUAAUGACCGUUUAACUGACUACUGGUUGACCGAAUCACGGAAGUAUUUAGAUCGUGAGCUGUGCAGACUGAGAGACAAAUAAAAAAGACCUUCUAUUUAACUUCUGUUAAAAUUUAUGUUAUUUACCAUGGGUAGUGGGGUUUCAAUCUUGUUUAAGGUCCUCAGUGCAUAGUUUUUUUCUGUAUGAACACCACAAAAAUUCCAUACAGUGGUCUGUAUAGUGAAAAGCUGGACUUACAAGCACACAAUUAGCCAAUCAGAUUCAAGGAUUUAGGAUUCUGGUGCACAUAGAUACUUCCAAAAAAAUAAUAUGGAUUUCUUGGGCAGUUUAUUGUUAGUGAUUUUGAUUCUAAUCAUUUAAACAGGUUGUCAGAAUUAGGCCAACAAGUUGGUUCCAGAGUGCUUGAUGUGUUGGUGUUGAGAGAGAAAGGACUGAAAAGGGAAGUGAGAGUACUAAACAUUCUCCUUUUCAUUAAAUCAGUUUUGUGGAAAGUAAGUAAAAAGUAUUAUUAAUUAACCCUUCACCUCCCAUUAGUGACUAGGAGAUAAUUUCUCCUUACAAUAUCAAUACAAUAUCAAGCAUCAAAGUGAUGAGAAUAAAGUAAAAUAUCAAUUAGGGGAUUAUUAGCUGAUCCAAUACCAAAUUCUCCAAAUUGACAUCGUAAGAAUUGUAUGGCAGACAGUAAGGAGAAUUACUAAUUGAAUCUUGGGAGUUAAAGUGGUAAUAAAAAAACCACAAGAAUGGAUGACACACAAGCCAAAAACUGCAUCUGACUAUCACUCUGUUUCUUGUCCCACUCUCUUCCCACCCUAAGGAUAAGUUGCAACAUUGCAGGCUCUUUGGCUCAAGUGCACCACUUAACCUUUUAACCCUUCAGCUCCCAAGAUUUAAUUGUUAAUUCUCCCCUCUAACUGUUACACAUUUCCUUGUAAAUUAGUUAGGAGAAUUUGGUGUUAGAUCAAGAUAUCAACUUUAACCUGAUAAUACUGAAUAUUCUCAUCACCUUUUUGAGAAUAAUGUAUAGAUAUUAUAGGGAGAAGUUACAUGUUAAUCACCUCUGGGAGUUUAAGGGUUUAUCCAUAAAGUGUAGAUAGAGUGUAGCAGAAAAUAAAAAUUAGAUCACAAGAUUAUCAGCUGUUAUCAACUGAGUUGAUAAUGGGAUGAUGUAAGUUCAGAGAAUUCGGUAUUGGAUCAACUAAUAAUCACCUUAUAUGGAUAUAUUUUGCUUCACUCUCAUUAUAUGUCUGCUUGAUAUUGUAAGGAGAAAUUCUGCCUUGGUCACACAUGGGAGUGAAAGGAUUAAUAUAAAAUUAUGUCAAGCAGGAUCCUGUUUUGGAUUUUGAUAUGGAAUUUUGAAAAAUGAGACAUUGUUUUUUUAAUAUAUUUUUUAGAUGUUUUAUCUUUCAGAAUCUGAUUUCAUUGUUAUUAACUUCUUGUUGUUUUCAUAUUUUAUUUCCUUGUAGUCCUUAUUCGGCAAAGAAGCUGAUAAGUUGGAGCAAGCUAAUGAUGAUGACAAAACAUGUAUCCUUCUUUAUUGUGAGGCAAUUUGAAUGACACCCCUUAUCAUUUUGAGUUUAGUUAAAAAUAAGGUUAAAUGCAAUUAAGGUAAAGUUUGAGUCAAGUUAGUGCAAAGGGUAUCAAAGUGGAGAUCCUGAUCACAUGUCAGGUACAAAUUUGAGAAAAAUUCAGGCAUCUUGCAGUAUUUUAUGCAUCAAGAAUUUCAAAGGGAAAUUUCAAAUCUCACUUAACUUGCAGUUGCCUUUCUGUAAAAUUUUUGGCUUAUGUCGUAACUUUGGGCAAUUAAUCACAUGCCUCAUGUAAAGCUUUUUCCACCCUUAAAGCAGGGAUUUAUAAGAGUUGAGUGAUGUGUAAAGUCCAGGGCCCUUACCAAGUGCUUUGACUCAUUCUGCUUUAGUGCUAUUUUGCUUGUUUCUUAUCCUUCCUCCAUUCCACUUCUGGGUACGUAUUCUGUCCAUGCACGGGUUUCUUGGUGUCAUGUUAAUCAUUUCCAGGUGUUGCAACAGCAGAGUCAGGGGGAGGGGAGGGUUCAAGGAGGUGUGAACAAUGCCCCAUCAGAUGUGUGGACUUGUUUACAACUUUUCUGAGGCCAAACUUCUGGCAGCAACAAGAUUACGCAUGACUGCUUAAGUGGCUUAAGUCUUUUCUUCUGAAACACUAGUUAUUGAGAAGCAAAGCAAACUGAACUCCAUGGUCCACCAGUUCAAAGAGUACAUCAGGCUAUCCAACAGAUAAAUUGCUAUCCAGGGAAUAAGUUUUAAUAUUUAACAUAAGUACUGCAUUAUCCACUGGUUAGAGAUUUAUCCAGUGUUUAAUGUUACAUACCCUUUGUACAGAAAGGUGCAGUUCUUGUCCUAGUAAAAGGGUAUCUCCAUGUGAAGUAGUCACGGUAACUUAAUCUGCUACAUUAAGUUGAAAUUCUGAAUCUGAAUUCCCAGAACAAUUCACAGUUGAUCAUCCUUCUAGAAAUAAAGGCCUUGUGUUAAGAAAUGUUAAAAUGAUUAUUACUGUAGCAAAUAUGUUUAAUAGCAAAUCGCUGACAACAUGUUUCCCUUAAGUGACUAGAGUUCGAUCUGUAUCAAAAAAGUUUGCAAGACCUUAACAGUCCUUUCAGAUUAUAUAAUUGAAAAAGAACCUCUUGUCAAUAAGUUUAUCUCAGUUCCAAAGGACAAAGGUACAGUGUAGAAUUUUAGAACCUGUGGAACCUUUAGCUCCCAAGAUCUGAUAGUCAAUUCUCUCCUUCAGCUUUUACAUAUUUCCUUUUAAAUUGGUUACAAGAAUUUGGUGUUAGAUCAAGACAACAACUUCUACUUGAUAUGUUUGAAUAUUCUCAUUACCUGUUUGCUGGACAAUGUAUAGAUAUUGCAGUGAGAGGUUAAUUGUUAAUCAUUUAUGGGAGUUAACCCUUUAAAUCUCAUGAGUGAUCAAAGCAGAAUUUCUCCUUAUGAUAUCAAGAUUAUAUAAGGCAGAUAAGAGAUGAGAUAAAAGAAAAAUAUCAAUUUGGGGAUUUUUAGUGGAUCCAAUACUACAUUCUCCAAACAAACUGUAUGGUAGACAGAAAGGAGAAUUGCUAAUGAGAUCUUGGGAGUUAAAGGUUAAAGUGAGCUAUAAAAGAACUAGAAAUUAUUUUCAUUAGACAUGAACAGAUGAAAGAAAGACGUGAUUAGUGUGAGUUGGUGUUGGUGCAAUCCCACAUCUAUGCAAAAUUUGAAAUGUUUUAAAUUCAGGAUUUAAAUGUUAUGAGAGGUUCUGAGGUAUAAAUCCUUAAAACUCUAUAUUAUUUUUAUUCCCCCAAGCUUCAUGGUGAGUUCUAUUGUAUAAAGCUUAAUUUUAAAUAUCUAAACUGGGUUAUAAUCAUUGUGAUUUAAGUUUCCUAUUGGCAGACAAGGAAUUUACCCAGUUAAUAAUGGUUGUAGGACUGAGUGGUCUGUAAUCACAUGUUGAGUUAUAAACAAAUCAGACUCACACUUUGCAAUCAUCCAAUUUUGUUAAUCACUCAUAUGAAUAAAGACAGAAUUGGAAGACAAAAAGUCCUGUUACUAAUUAAUCAUAGCCAUUACAAUUUCCAAAAAAGAUACAUCUAGUGGAGACAAUGUCUUGAGUUACAAAUUACUCCAUUUUGGAAAUUCCCAGUUUUUCUCAUGAUGAGUGGUUGUUGUUAUGGUUAUCGUGAUCAAUUCUGUGAUUGGUAGAUUUACCUGAGAGGACUAGGUACAAUUAGCUGUAUCAGAUGUCAGAUUACAGGUGUAUGAUUACAAGUGUUUGAUUACAGCCAACUGUCCGAUUACAACCCUACAAAAUAAUUAGUCAAAAACGAAGCAGUUAGUGCACCAAUCACAUUUGAGGAAAUUGUAAUAGUUAUGAUUAUGUUUGUGACUGGGAAGAAAUCUCUUAACCCUUAACUCUCAGAAGUGAUCAACAAGUAACUUCUCCCUAUAAUACUGAAACUGAUCGAGUAGAAGUUGUUUUCCUGAUAUAACACCAAAUUCUCAUAACUAAUUUACAAGGAAAUGUGUAACAGCUAAAGGGGAGAAUUAACAAUCAGAUCUUGGGAGUUAGAGGGUUAUCAGGCAUUGAAUACUGUGCAGUUAAUUGAUGGCUUAAACAGAUUCUGGCCAGCUUGGGGUUUUGCCUCUUGGUUUUUAUACUUUUUUCAUUUCAUACUUUACAGGAAGCCUUAACUGUGCAUCUUUCAUUGCUGGCAUUGUUGAAGCUGUGUUACAUGGAUGUAAUUUUGUAAGUUCUUUAAAUCAAUAAUUUUUAAAUGAAUGUUUUAUUGUUAAUGUAAGUGUAAUUAAUGUCAGUUAAAUCUGGUUAUUUAACAACCAUUCCACAAAUUGAAGGUGGCUGAUGGUGAAUAUUUACUGGGUGGCAAAGUAGCAGGAUAAAUAUCCACUGACACUGAUUGGAAGUGAAUGGCAAAUAAUAUUUGGAGUUUGAGUAGCCAAUCAAAGUGCUCCUUAAAUACUAUCAAUUGUCUCAUUAUUUUCCUAUCUGGCUCACCAAUACCACUAGUGCUAAGCUCUUGGCACUUCGAGCCUUUGUAUGGGAAGCUUUGAGUACUUAAGAUUUCAAUGACCACAUUAAUUGAAAAUCAGUCAGCAAGAUUGAGUUGCAUUGCAAUUCUUAGGUGAAUUAUGUCAAAUAUAAUUCCUAUACUCCCUGUAAAUCUUCAACUCCCUAACCCCUUACAUCACUGCUUAAUCGAACUUUUAGGUAAUGGAAGUAAAAGGGAUGAUAACCAGCAAAUGAAGUUCUUGAUUGCUAAACGAAUUCUCGUCGUUAGUAAAUACUAAUUUAAAAGAAAAUGAGUAGAGAGAGGUACAGAGAAGGUGCUUUCUAAUGUUAAGCGUUUAGGUGAAUUGAGAUUUCUGGCUGAGUGAUUUAUAGUGUGGGAUAGCUACUGACAAGGAAUUAACAAUAUGAUUUUGUUGUAGCCUGCUAAAGUAACUGCACAUUGGCACAAAGGAACAACUUUGAUGAUCAAGUUUGAAGAGUCAGUGAUACAGAGAGACAAGUCAAUGGAUGGAAGAUGAGAUAAUUAACUGUAAAUAAUUCAUAACAUCGACAACACUGUGAAAAAAAAAUUGAGUGUUUAGUAGGAAAAGAAUUAAUUAAAGAGGUUAGUUGUGAAAAUAGCCUUUGGUUGUGUCAAUUUGCUUGUCAUCUAUGACACAUUCAUCAGGUGACAGAAAUGUUUAUACCAUAUCACCUUGAGUAAGCACCUGGAUAUUUGUUUAAACAUUCAGCUCAGUAGAGGUGCUUAUUUGAAGGAGGGCGAUUGCUGUUCUCCAGCACUGAUUCCAUUCUAGUUGAAGCUUAAAGAGUUUUAAAUAAAGUGGC